AUGGCGCAAAUCAAGAAAGCCCAACCCUUCAAAAAAGCUCUAUAUUUCUCAGAAGCUGAGUUCAAAGAGCGUCAACAGCGGGCUCUGGAGCUCAUGAAGCGAGAGAACCUCGAUGGCUUUCUCAUGACAAAGCAAGAGUCCCUCUACUACUUGACCGGCUUCGAUACCUUCGGUUAUGUCUUCUUUCAAGCCAUGUACUUCCACAACGAUGGCUCUAUGCGAUUGAUCACUCGAAUCCCGGAUCUACGCCAGGCUCUCUACACUUCGAUUCUGGAGCAGAAAGAUAUUCUCAUUCGAUCCGACGACGCCGGAAGCAACCCCGUGUCUCUAGUUCCGAAGGUCCUGAAGGACUUUGGAAUCAACUCGUCAUCAAAGCGGAUUGGCUAUGAACCGGACUCCUGCUCCUUGACGCACCGACUGGGAAAGGCACUAGAAGAAGCCGUGGAUGGUCUUUGUACGCUUGUGGAUCAUAGCGAUCUGUUCACCCAGGAGCUUCGCAUAAUCAAGUCGGAAGCCGAGAUGCUUAAGGUUCGAAAGGCCGCUUAUCUCGCCGACUUCGCCCUCGUCCGCACCCUUAAGCUAGCUAAGCCCGGUGCAUAUGAAGGUGACUUGUGGAGGGAGAUUGUCGGCACCGUCUACGAGGGCGGCGGUGAUGAUCCAGCCAAUGAGAAUAUCCUCGUAUCGGGUAACAAAGCCGUUCUCACUCGUUACUCUACCGGCAAGGAUAAGAUCGAUCGACAGCUCACGCUCGAGCAUGCCGCGGCCUAUAAGCACUAUCAUGCGUGUCUGAUGCGCACGAUCCCUAUCGGCGGAAUCACUAAACUGGCGCGAGAGAUGCACCGGGUUAAUAUCCUUCAAAUGGAAGCAGCUAUGGAAGCCCUCAAACCAGGCCGAGUGAUCGGGGACGUGUUCGAGGCUUAUGCCCGUGUUGCGGACGAAAACGGCUUCCGGGACCAGCGUUUUAACAGUUGCGGCUAUAGCUUGGGCGCAACAUUUUCGCCUACAUGGAUGGAUUUCCCCAUGUUUGUGCGUGGUCAGAACGUGGUGGCAAAGCCGGGAAUGGUGUUCUUUAUCCAUAUCAUCCUGAUGGAUAAGGCCACCGAUACUGCCAGCUCUAUCGGUCAGACCGUAGAAGUGACUCAGGAUGGAUGUGUUGCGCUGUCCAAACUGCCUUUCUGUCUUACCCGAAGACAAACCAUUGCCGCGUGGAAAAAGACACGGAAAGAGGAUUAUGGGUUCACCGCUGAUGAGAUCGACGUUGGGGAGAAUCUCCAAGAUGUUGAACUUAGCGAUGAAGACGUCGACGAGGAGGAUUAUGAUGUUGAAUACGAUUUCAGCGAGUAUAAGCCGGCAGCUGUGCUGGGUGACCCGACGCAGAGUGCUUAA